AUGGAGCUAGCAUCCCGACGACCAACGGGACAAUUCCUCGCUCCGCCUCGAGCUGAAGAGGCACGUAACAGUAUCAUAAGCAACAUGUCGCGAUUCUGGAGGUCCAGACCGGCACCAGUGAGCUCUGCCGCGUCACAAGGCCGCCCGACGAAGACCUUUGUGGUUCCUCUGUUCAUGUCUGCAUCUCGGUCAUCUGGGAGAAACAAUUUAUUUGCAAGAGGGGCAUUACCGGCAGUUACGAGGACGAGGUCGAGGUCUUCCACACGCUCGGUCAACGAGAUCGAGGCUUCUAGAUCGGUCAUCGCCGAGCCGAUUCAUGUCCACAGAUCACGGCAAAGAGAACGAUCGGAUUUAUACGCCAGCAGUGUACAAGUGGACACGGCCGUGAGCUCCAUCGAUGCUCCAGCGUCAGUAACGGAGACUGCGAGUGGUCUAAACAUGUCCUCGAGAUCUGGAAGUACACGAAUUACAACAAGUUCGCGGAACGGUAGUCAUCGUUCCCAGAAUUCGAGGAGGAGCGCGCGGAGUCGCCAGAUUUUUUCGAAAAGAGCAUAUCGCGAUCCCCAGGUCAAUUCCAAGGCAAAGAUAUGUUUUGCAUUCGGACUGACACUGAUUGUCGCCGUCAUUAUCUAUCUUGUACUUGCCUUUACUGGAGUUGCUCGCAAUACCAUGUUCCACGUCCUAUCAAUCCUAUUGAUCAUCACGCUGACUGGAAUAUUUUGUCACCAACUGAUUCGCAUGUUCAUGUUGAUUAAAUCUCCCAGAAGGCCACGAAGGAGGAUUGCGCAUGGACGACGGCAUGCAACCUCUCAUCGGGGGAAAAGACACGGUGGCGGAGCUGCGGAUGACAUGCCACCGGAGAAGCCCAUUCAGAUCCACAUGUCGAGUGAUGAUGGAUUCGAUCCAGACGUGGAGAUGAUGGGCGACUCAGACGCCAUGCCCGUGCCAGCUGUGCAACAUCCACCACCCGUCUACGGGAAUUUCCGAACCAGCACCGUGAGUUUGUUCCUGCCCAUUCUUCCACGUCCAACCCCUCUAACGCUGUUUUUUUCCAACGCACAGAGAAUGAACCCGGACCUGGUGCACUGGAAACACGUGCCUCCUUCACCGUUGACACCGACCUAUGACGAGGCCUUGAGCGGCGUCCCCGUGACAUUGACCGCGGCGGCAUAUCGACCACCGAGUUACCUGUCCGAGAGUGGAAUGACGCAGGUGCUGGAAAGUCAAGGCCGGGAGGUGGACGCCGCCCUCGACAAUAUUCACCCUUUGGAGAGAGAACGGAUGAGGAAUUUGGCUGCUGAUGCUCUGGAAGGCCGGGGGCCGAAUUGA